AUGAAGGGGACGGCCCUGUUGUUACUGUUUCUUGUUCAAACCGCUGCGGCGAGGGAUGCGGGGGUGAAAGAUACGCAAAAUGCACAAAAGAUUUUGAACCCCGUCAAUACGGACGUAGUGGCGAAAGACGCUCCGGCCGGUGCUCAUCUCGUCGAAGCAGCACUCUUGGAGCUGGAGAAGCUCCCCCGGUCGGUUCAAGCGAAGAAUAAUAAGUCGUCUGGGUUUAUCAGCAAGACUAUCAAGUUCGUUUUCGGUAACAUAUUCGCCGGACCAGCCCGAGCCCCAGACCAGAAACCAGCCUAUGAUGGCCUUUCGAGCGGCCGGUUAGCCGAUGCUGUUAUUCAGCUACAGGAGGCGGCACAAAAAGGGAAUCUCGAUGCGAUUUAUAUUCUAGCUGAAAUGAACUUUUACGGCUACUAUAACCACCCGAGAGACUUUCACAACGCAUUUCGCCUUUACAAAACUCUAGCCUCUGACCACGGCAACGCUACAGCACAGUAUAUGCUGGGACUGUAUUAUUCUACAGGUGUUGGGAACGUGGUUCCUAGAGACCAAGCGAAAGCUCUGCUAUACUAUAACUUCGCUGCCGUCCAGGGUUACAUCAAGGCCGAGAUGGCUACUGGUUUUCGCUACCAUGCUGGCAUUGGGGCGGCGAAGAGCUGCGACACCGCUCUCAAGUACUAUAAGUCUGUCGCUGAUAAAACUAUGGAGUGGUAUCGAACUGCACCACCUGGAGGCAGGUCUUGGGUACAAGAAGCAUGGCAAGUUUCUGAUGAAGAUGGUGGUAUUUACGGAGAGGGCGCCAGUGCCUCUAGCGCAGGUCUGAAUGCGUACAGAGCAAGUCUUCAAGCUGAAGGUCUUGAUACAAUCGAAGACAUGAUUGAUUACUUGGAUCUGAUGUCUCAAAAAGGCGACAUGAAGGCAUCCUUCAAUCUCGGCAGGUUAUAUUACGAGGGCCAACGUGGUCUACCCCCCAAUCACGCGCUUGCAAGCAAGUAUUUCUUCACUGUAUCGGCGAAAUAUUGGAAGAAAGAACUACGAUCCGCUGAACCUAUCAAACCCAUCGACAAAAUAGCCGCCAAAGUUGCGGGGUAUAUUGGCCGAAUGUAUAUGAGGGGCGAGGGUGUGAACCAGAACUUUGAGAAGGCCAAGGCCUGGUUUGACCGUGGCAAGACGUACGGUGAUGCCCAAUCUCAGUAUGGCCUUGGUUUGAUGCUCUUGAAUGGUCUUGGCGUUGAGCAAAACGUUAAACUCGCCAUUGCCCUCUUCCGUUCCGCGGCCGACCAGAACUCGACCCCAGCCCGAGUACAGCUAGGAAGGCUGUUUCUUGAUCAAGGCGAGGAAGAGGACUUCAGGCUAGCCAGCACCAAUUUUGAGUUGGCUGCAGCGUAUGGAAAUAUCGAAGCCUAUUACUACCUGGGUGAGAUGGCAUUUCAUGGUGUUGGACAAGAAAGAGAACGAAUGUGCUCGAUUGCUCUACAUAACUACAAAGUAGUUGUUGAAAAGGCAGAGCCCCUCGUCUCGUCCUGGCAUGAAGCUAACGAAGCCUAUGAAGCUGGAGCAUAUGACUUGGCUUACCUUCACUACUUGUCCACUGCAGAGCAGGGAUAUGAAGCCGCCCAAAACAACUUGGCCUACAUGCUCGACACUCAGAGAGACCGCACAUCAUGGUGGAUCAAACUGCAAGGGCCUACACGCAGCCCGCUCCUCACAAACUCAGAACAAGCUCUGGUAUACUGGACGAGGUCGUCUCGGCAAUCCAACGUUGAUGCCACUGUGAAGAUGGGCGACUAUUACUACUAUGGUAUUGGAGCAGAUGCGGAUGUGAAGAAGGCUGUCCAGUGCUACACUGGAGCAUCUGAAUUCUCUCAAAGUGCUCAGGCCUUGUUCAACUUGGGAUGGAUGCAUGAAAAUGGCGUUGGGUUAAAACAAGAUUUCCAUCUUGCCAAGCGCUACUACGAUGCUGCUCUGGAGAUCAACAAGGAAGCGUAUCUUCCAGUGACUUUAAGCCUUCUGAAGCUGCGCGUACGCAGCGCGUGGAAUACUCUGACUCGAGGGUCAGUCCAUUCUAUCCAAGACGAGCCUAAAGUGAGGCAAGACUGGUCAUUAUCGCAAUGGAUUAGCAACUUUUUGAGUGAGGAAGGGUUCUAUUUGGACGAAGAGCUCUACGACGAUGACACCGCCGACAUCGAAGACUACGACGAAGAAGGCGUCGUGGAGAGUGUUCUUAUUAUUGGUGUUACCGCUGCACUCAUGUUUCUACUGUGGUGGCGACAGAGAGCGCAGCAUCGUGCAGCCGAGAACCAGCAAGCUGGGCAGGCAAACCAACAGGGUCAGCAGCAGCAGCAGCAACAGGCCGCUGCUGGUGGACUUGGCCCGGUGGAUGGGUUUCCGGGAUGGGCGGCCGGCGGGUUUGGGAUCUAA